UGGUAAAUAGACUGGUAAAUGGUUGCUUUGCACGUGAGUGGGACUAGACCACAACUACGAGAGGACUCCGCACAUGGGGUUGACAGAGUUUAAAUAAGACUUGAAGAUGGCUGUGCUACUACUCUCAACUACCUAAUCUUCCCCCCCUUUAAAUAAGCGCAUGGACUCACCAAAUUUGUGAUUUACUCUCUAAUCUGAUUGGGAUCUCCGGAGGGAAAUUUAUACUUCACAGCCCAAACCAGUCGAUUAGAUUUCAACAAUGGCAAGGAAGAAGAUUAGAGAGUAUGAUUCCAAGCGCCUGUUGAAGGAGCAUCUGAAGAGGCUCGCCGGAAUACAACUUGAAAUUAAAUCUGCUCAGGUAACAGAAUCAACAGAUUUCAAUGAGUUAGCUGACAGAGAACCAUGGUUGUCCUCAACAAAACUGGUAGUGAAACCAGAUAUGUUGUUUGGAAAGAGGGGAAAGAGUGGUCUGGUAGCUCUAAAUCUAGACUCAGCUCAGGUUGUUUCCUUUGUCAAGGACCGUCUGGGAAAGGAGGUUGAGAUGGGUGGUGCAAAGGCACCCAUAACAACAUUCAUUGUGGAGCCAUUUGUACCUCACAAUGCAGAGUAUUAUCUUUCAAUAAUCUCAGACCGCCUUGGCUCAACCAUAAGCUUCUCAGAGUGCGGAGGGAUUGAAAUUGAAGAAAAUUGGGGCAAGGUAAAGACACUGUUUGUCCCAACGGAAAAGGCUCUGACAUCGGAAUCAUGUGCACCCUUGAUUGCAACCCUUCCAUUAGAGAUCCGAGGAAAAAUUGAGGCUUUUAUAAAGGGAGUUUUUGAUGUUUUUCUAGAUUUGGACUUCACUUUUCUGGAGAUGAAUCCUUUUACACUGGUUAAUGGAGAGGCUUACCCUCUGGACAUGCGAGGAGAACUGGACGAUACAGCCACCUUUAAGAACUUCAAAAAAUGGGGAAAUAUUGAAUUUCCAAUGCCAUUUGGUAGAGUAAUGAGCCCCUCGGAGAGUGCCAUACAUGGCAUGGAUGAAAAGACAAGUUCGUCUUUGAAGUUUACUAUCCUAAAUCCAAAGGGACGCAUCUGGACAAUGGUUGCUGGAGGUGGUGCAAGUGUGAUAUAUGCUGACACGGUUGGAGAUCUGGGAUUCGCCAAUGAACUCGGAAACUAUGCAGAAUACAGUGGAGCUCCAAAUGAAGAUGAGGUCUUGCAGUAUGCAAGAGUUUUGAUAGAUUGUGCUACUGCAGCUCCUGAUGGCCGCAAAAGGGCACUAGUUAUAGGUGGAGGCAUAGCUAACUUUACUGAUGUUGCGUCCACCUUUAAUGGUAUCAUUCGAGCCUUGCGUGAAAAGGAAUCCAAACUCAAAGCAGCAAGGAUGCAAGUAUAUGUAAGACGAGGUGGUCCUAAUUACCAGAAUGGUCUUGCAAAGAUGCGCGUACUUGGAAAUGAGAUUGGAGUUCCUUUUGAGGUUUAUGGACCAGAGGCUAGCAUGACGGGCAUUUGCAAGCAGGCUAUAGAUUAUAUCACAGCUAGCGCAUAGAUUCAAACUGUUUCUACAUUGCUAGUUUUGUUCGAGUUAGAUUGUGAUUCAAGAAAGGCUAGACUACAUGCUCCGAGCAUCUGCCUAAUUAUUUUUAAGUUUUUUUAAUAGCUUGUUUAUGUUGUUCAGAGGUUCCUUGCUAUCUAAACAAAGAGGCAAGAUUGCAUGUUAAUUUCUUAAUAAUGUGACACUGAGCACGAUCAAGUUUGUAUUAAAUAUCAAUGGAUAAUUUGUAGUCAUUAGAAAUGAAAUCGGAAUAGAUGUUCUGUUUGGAAAUUAGCAAAAAGAAUUUGAGCAUGAUCAAGUUUUUAUUGAAUAUCAAUGGAUAGUUUGCAGUCA